UUUUCUUGUAACCCCUAACAACUGUGCGCUACUCAGCGCGACGCCGAAACCCCUAAAUCCAUUUCAUGCCGAAAACCUUCCUCUCCCUCUAUUCAGCGCCGAAACCCUAAAUUUCAGCCGGAAAGGUCUUCGUCUUUCUAUAUUCGACAGCCUCUUCAGCCAUCGACCUGCAUCUUUCGGCCUCAUCAUCUUCUUGCAGACAGAUUCAGAUUCAGUGUUCCUUAUAACAAGUUGGUCUCGACGCCCCGCCGCCGGCCUUCGACGGUACCCAACAUCGAAGUUUGACCGCCCUAUUUCUCACGGCUCUCUUCCUAGAUCGUAUUCUCGACUUCCGCCUAGGAGAUGGAGAUCAAUCUCGGGAAGAUUCCUUUCGAUCUGGAUUUCCAUCCUACUUCCCCUCUCGUGGCGGUGGGCCUUAUCAGCGGCGAUUUCCACCUGUACCACUAUGCUUCCGAUGCACAGCCCAAAAAGUUGCUGGAAAUUCGUGCUCACAAUGAAUCUUGCAGAGCUUUACGAUUUGCUGAUUCAGGGCGAGUAAUCCUGACGGGUUCUCCGGAUUGCUCUAUGCUUGCGUCGGAUGUGGAAACUGGAAAAGCCAUUGCUCGUCUAGAUGAGGCUCAUGGGGAUGCCAUCAACCGACUUGUCAACUUAACAGAGACAACAGUUGCAUCUGGUGAUGAUGAAGGAUGCAUAAAGGUUUGGGACACGAGACAACGUACUUGUUGCAAUACAUUUUCAGCUCAUGAAGAUUAUGUUUCUGAUCUCUUUUUUGUCUCUGAUACUAUGCAACUUUUGGGAACAAGUGGAGAUGGCACUCUAUCAGUUUUGAAUCUUCGAAAAAAUAAGAUACAAUCCCAGUCUGAAUUUUCAGAAGAUGAGUUACUGUCCUUGGUGGUAAUGAAGAAUGGUCGAAAAGUUAUCUGCGGAACUCAAUCAGGAGCAUUAUUAUUAUAUUCUUGGGGCCAUUUCAAGGAUUGCAGUGAUCGUUUCCUUGGGCAUCCUAUGUCUGUUGAUACACUAUUGAAGCUUGACGAAGACACUCUCAUUUCUGGAUCAGAAGAUGGAGUGAUCAGGUUGGUAGGCAUUUUACCAAAUAGGAUAAUUCAGCCACUUGCAGAGCAUUCAGAAUACCCAAUAGAGCGCCUUGCAUUCUCAAAAGAUAAACAGUUUCUUGGCAGCAUUUCACAUGAUCAAAUGUUGAAGCUUUGGGAUCUGCCAGAGCUUUUGGAUAACCAUAACGGUGCACCAGAAAAUCAAAUGGUUGAAACUGAUAGUGAUGAUGAAGAGAUGGAUGUCGACGUAAAACCCCUGAAAUCUACUAAAGGUACGACGAGGAAGAAAUCCGGCAAGGGACAAACAUCAAGCUCUUCUGUUACUGAUUUCUUUGCAGACUUGUAGGUUGUAGCGUGAAAUAGGGAGUCAUUGGAAGAAAAAAUCAUUGAGAAAAUUUUGAAAUUUGAUUUAUUUGCCGAUGCAUUCCGUCUGUGUUCAUUGGAUCUUUGUUUCACCUUUAACAUUACCUGUUAAGCAAGAGUAUCAAGUUCCAUACUAUAAUGUAAGUUGACUUUGUAUUUAUUUGUUUUCUUAUUAUAAAACAAGUAGUAUUUUAUUAAACAGAAA